GUCCACUUGUCUGCCCGAUUUUUCAUGGAGGUUGUACAAUAACAAUCCCUGCCAAGUAUUCUAAGUUCGACGUGGCUGUCGAAAGCAUGCAAGAUAUAUAUACGCGUGCCUUCCCCGUAAGUACGUACAGCCGACAUUCACUGGGCCAUCUCCUGCCAUCUCUCAUGAAAAGGCGUCGAUUAUAAUUUUGUCUUUGGUUCUCGCUAUAUCUGUUGAAACCCUUCAACCACUAGGGCUUCUAAUAACGCAUUGGUACCUUUGUUUUUCGCUGUUCAAGGAGUCUAUAAGACGCCUUAGGUUCAAACAUGACAGUGACAGUGUGUGCUUCUCUGCAGUUGAUGCUUCCCUCCAAUCUGUUGCUUUCCUCCUACUUGUAUCUGUAUAAAAUUCCAUCAACGUAACCAUUCUCUGGGCCGUAUAGACUUCACCUGGCCCAACCAUUGCAUUUUGGGUCGACAUGCCUUUGAGAGGCUCUAAUCACAGUCCCUUGGUAUCCGAUGAAGCUCCGUACUUCAAGACUCUCGCUGACCUCGACGAAUGGAUGGAUAAGGGUCGCCCGAGACUUAAUGCUAUUCUACCAUAUCAUCCCAGGAAUCCGGUGAACGGCGUAGUUAGCGGGAGCAAGGGGAAACUGCUGGUCUGCCAUGACUACAAGGGCGGAUAUACAGAGAGGCCGGAUGCCCUAGCUUAUACAUUUAAUUUCUGGUCAUAUUGCGAUACGUUCAUAUAUUUCGCGCAUCAUAGAGUCUCAGUACCUCCUUCCGGAUGGAUUACAGCGGCACAUAGACAAGGGGUGAAAAUACUAGGAACAUUGAUCUUUGAACACGCCGAAGGAGAAGUGGAUGCUCUUCGUCUUUUGGUGGGUCGUCCUCCACAUGGAAGCACUGGAAUGUCAAACCUUCCGCCCAAUGUAUCACUUCCCCUCUCACCACACUACGCUCAUACCCUAGCUUCCCUUGCUCGUCAGAGAGGGUUCGAUGGGUACCUGUUGAACUUUGAAACUCCUCUACGAGGAGGUAUUGAGCAAACUCGAGCUCUAGCGGCUUGGAUCGCCAUCUUGGAGCAAGAGCUGAAGCGGGAAGUUGGCACAUAUGCUCAAGCUAUUUGGUACGACAGCGUCAUAGUAACUGGACAGCUCAAAUGGCAAGAUAGGCUCAAUAGCCUUAAUUUACCUUUCUUCCUUCCGUCUUCCGCCUUCUUCACGAACUACGCUUGGCCUCCCCAUUACCCAUCUUUAACCGCUCAGUAUUUCCUAAGCAUAGAUUCGGCUCACCUUACAAACCCUCAUCCAAAGGUGCUCAACGACAUCUAUGUUGGCAUCGACGUUUGGGGUCGGGGCUCGCACGGUGGGGGUGGGUUUGCCAGUUACAAGGCUAUCCAACACGUCGAUCUUGAGUACCUAGGUCUCAGUGUUGCCUUAUUUGGCCCAGGAUGGACCUGGGAAAGCGAACAAGACAGGCCAGGAUGGUCUUGGGAUGUAUGGUGGGCUUACGAACGCACAUUAUGGAUUGGUCCCGAGGACGCGGAUGACGUUGUGACAGUUCCUGAGCCUCCUGAAGGCCAGCCGAAUUGUCCUCACGGAAAUUUCUUACCCAUCUCAACGUUUUUCUCGAAGCUUCCCCCACCCAAUCCGGCUAAUCUCACUUUCUUUACUUCCUUCUCACCUGGUGUAGGGCGCUCCUGGUUCGUUAAAGGCGUGAAGGUCCUGGAGACACAGAAUGGAUGGACGGAUGUCGACAAGAGCUCAUCGCUUGGAGAUCUUUUAUGGCCCCGGCCGAAGCUAUCUUGGGAGCAUGGUGAACGUGAGGAGACACCUCCACGAGCACAGUCCAUCUUGGACAUGAAGGACGCGUGGAUUGGGGGCAAUUUAUUGCGCGUCUCGAUAUCAGUCCAGGGGUCCGACGCCGAAGAUGCCUUCUUCCGUUGUCUCUGGUUACCUAUCCAGUCCAUCGCAGUCACCCCUCACAAGACCUAUGAAAUGCACCUCGUCUAUAAGGCGGAGACACAGCAGUCCAUUGAGUUGGAUGUUGGCCUCAGCGUGAAGGAACUUCACGACAAUAUUGGCAAUGUCGAAAUUAUAUCGUUGGAAUCUUCUACAGAGCUGACCGGUGGCUGGACUAAGCUCUCGAUUGAGUUUCGACUUGAAGCCGAAGUUCGUGCGGAUAUUCUGUCAGCUGUAGGUCUUGUUAUUGGAUUCGCACAGGAUGAUCCUACCGAACCGUCCAAUGUGUCUAUCUCGUUGGGUGCGUUAUCCAUAUAUCUCGCACGUCCAUCUCCUACUGUAUCCAUUCCAUGGCCUAUACUGCCAUGGGCACACUUUGAACGAUCAUCCCUCUCGACUUCUUCUCUCGCGGGAGUCCUUGUCUGGGGAGUAUCAUCUGUUUUCCCCAUUAUGACUGGAUUGUCCAUCCAAUCUCCAGAAGAUCCUCAGCCGGCGUGGACUUUGGAGUCAACUACACCAGCCUUUCUAUACUUCAACGUAUAUAUCCAGACGAUACCUCUAGAUGGUCGACUUCCAAACCCUGACGAGGCAAUAUUCAUUGGGUCUACGGGUUUGGAUGGAAGGAAAAAUCGGUUCCAUGUAGACGCUACAUCCCUGCCUGCAGAUAUAGGCAGUUCUGGUCAUGUUCGUUUCCUUGUGCAAGGCAUUACAGAUCGGGGCACGGUGCUACCAUGGGAAAGGUGUACGUUCGUUGAUGUCACGCUUCAUUAGUAACCUGCUAUUCAUGGAUUGUGCUGUACGUUAGACCCAACGUUGUAUCAUACCCGUCUUAGCUGUUGACCGAGAAUGUUCAUCGUUUUCUAGAAUAUUAGCUUUGGUGGAGCGUUACUCGGAGAUUGGACUUGGUGCGCCUUGGUUUCGACCCUCCGAGGGCCCCGAAUAUGCAAUACGCAUUGACCUAGUGUAAUCAGACCUGGUGGAUGGGUGACUCAAGCACUGACGUGCAUCUCGCGCUUUCAAGCACGAAAGCGACCGUUCAACCCCCCCUAUGAUAUGCGCUGUGUUACCCAUGUAACCUUUCUCUAAUUGCUAUGCAACUCCAGAUAUCUCA